AAGAAGCAGGCAUUAUUUAUUACAGCACCACAUGCACGGGGCAAUUGCUCCACCAAACAUGCAUGCCAAUUCUUACAGGUUUCUUGCUUAUAAGAAUUCAUCUCAUACAUAUACAUUAUAAUUACCAGGAAUCUUAUACAUAUUAAAAUUUCUUCCCAGAACUAACUGACAUAGGUUACUACCCACUACAGCGUGUGCGGUAACUCUCUCUGGUGGUCCUGGGGGUCGUUACUUCAUCUCUCUUCUCUUCCUCAGGUUAUUCACAGGUCACAUGGAGGAAGAUGAAGGCACAUUACUUCAUCUUUUUCUCGCUGUAGCAAUUCUCCACAUCAUAAUGCCAGAUGUCCUUCUUGAUUGCCUGUGCUAGCCCUGUUAUCUAUGAACCACAUGUAUACAUUGUAACAUGUUUCCAUGGUAUGAACGGGCUACUUUUAGCUGAGUUUGCAAACCUCAAGGCACUUAAACAAUUGAGCACUGUAGGAGUGUUUUUACAUGUAUUAGCUGGGUCUGCUUCCAGUGGUGGAGACUGCUGCUGCUGCCACCAGCUUCUUCCUCUUCCUCCACUGCAGGCCUGUAAAGCAAAGGAUGGGGAAAGAAGAGAGGGGACCCCUGGAACCAGCCCAGCUGUGCUGCCUUCUCUUGCUGCAGCUGGAACGUCUCUUGGGAGGCUUCCCAAGGCUGAGCUCUGGCAAGGGCCUUGGCCCUCAGAGCAUGGGCACUGCAGGCAAUCAGCAUCUUUUUUUCCUCCCAUAGGAGCCUUUUCACAGAGGUGGAGCUGGUGAAACGCUUUUCUCAGACCACUUCCAGCUCAGCCACUCGAGGGACAGCAAAGUGGCAUGACAAUGCCACAGCACUUGCAAGUAAGCUCAGCACUGGUUCUUGUUGCAAAGUCCUUGGGGGUGAACUCAGAGAGCUGCACCGUGCCAGCAGUCUGGCGAAAUGUCACAAGUGGCUGGAGAAAUGCAGGCUGCCCUGCACCCCAGAGAUGUGGCACCUAGGACUCAGUGCUUGCCUCCCUACAGGGAGCCAAAACACUCUUGGCUGGGCAUCCUAGAGAAGAGACCUCAAGAGAGAGACCUAACUGUUCUCUGGUUUCUUUGCCCAGGGACGGUCUUCAGCCUUGCUUGCCAUCCGGCAGGUACCCUUGCAUCCCUCUGGAGAUGUCUGCUGAGCACGUGCGUCUUCACCAUGCAAAAGAUGGCCGUGCACAAGAAAAGGUGCUUGAAAUUCAUUGUCUUCUUGCUCCCAAUGGUUCUUGCUGGUGUUUACUGUGGGACCUCACUGCCAGUGUGGACUACACAGGCAAAGGCACAGAGAGAGGAUCUGACAUGGGCAUCUGCAGCAGAAACAAAGAUGCUGAGGAAUUUGCACACCUUUUUGACAGAGCAAACCCAGAAGCUGCAGCUUCUGCUGGAGGAGGUGGCUCAGCUGGGGGCAGAGAUCAGCAGUCUGAAGAAGGAGAGACAGGAGAUGAAUCAGGCAGCGCUGGAGCUGGCUUCGGAAGUCUACGUCGGGAGAUCUGACUGGGCCCUGAAAAGUUCUGGUGCCACCAUUGACAUGCAGAGAACUUCCAAGACGUAUGACUGCAAAGAGAAUUGGGUCUGCAGGGUUUUAUGGUUCUUCCGCGCUCCCAACCCUCCUGAUACAAUUUUGCAGCCGGAUGUUUCCCCAGAAAACUGCUGGCCUUUACAAGGGCACCAGGGCCAGGUGGUCAUCAGGUUGCCAGCACGAGUCCCAUCUGACUGCUGUCAGUGUGCAGCACAUCUACAAAGAAGUCUCUCCAUCUGGGACCGUCAUCAGCGCGCCCCGAGACAUCACUGUGUUCGGAGUGGAUGCAGACAGAGAAGAGGAAACUCUCCUUGGGACGUUCAUGUACAACGUGGCAAAAGAGGCCAUUCAAACCUUCCCUCUAAAGGACGCACACAGAGCCUUUUCACACAUCAAACUUAUUGUGAAGAGCAACUGGGGAAACAGAGCCUACACCUGCAUUUAUCGAGUGGCAGGUUCAUGGGAAGAUGGCAAAACCAGAAAGCCUCAACUGAGAUCAGAGGAGAAAAGAACAUAAACAAAAAAGAGGAAGAGGGGAGGAGGGAUAAAUGCUUUGUCAGAUCGGAGUGGUGUAGAAGAUCUGUCUCCAAAGUCCAGUGUGCAGGAAGGUCCAUCGGGGGAGGGCAGGAGUGCCCACUGACAUGGCUACAGGGCAGCCUGCAGGCAGGGGAUGUGGGUCGACCAACAAUCCUUGGGGCUGCCAGGGGCUUGUGAGCUCCCCCUUUUAAUUUCC